AUGAUUAAGGAUACCGUCGCUCACCAAAAUCUAACCUUUUCUUUCAGGUCUCUGAGGACGAAGGAGAGGCAGAAGGCGCAUAGAUUUGAAAUCGGCAACCUUGACACGCCGCUUCUGGAAUCGAACAAUGUACAAAGCGGUAUGGGUUUUGAAAUGUUCCUUACAUGUAAAGCAGACGCGCCGCCUGAACACACCCAGCAAGCAGGCAAUGUGGGCGUCACGAUCGAUCUGCCUCCAAGCUGGUUGGAACUGGUACAGGACUGCACGUUCACCCUUAAAAACACAUCUGAUCGCAUCAAGGACCUGGAAAGGGCGCAAAACAAAAGCCUGCUAACCGUGUUCGACAGAAUGGGAAAGGGCGACCAUGGACAAAUAGCAGCAAUCUCAACAGACAUCGCAAACAUGAUGAAGAAAAUCGAACGAAACAUGGAAAUCAUAGGAACUGAGGGCAACUAUUACGUCGAGAACCAACUGCGAAAAAACGCGAGGCACAAAAUUGCUGGAGAACUGUUAACGCUGUCGGUAACCUUCAGGAAACUGCAGAAAACGUAUUACGACAGCGUACAAGAAGAUACUCAGUUCCGCGCUAAUUCUGGCAUACCAGACGUGGCGCUGAGCAACGAUGGUUUUGUGCAGGAACAACUGCAAGUAUCGCACGAACACAUAGCUGACCGUACCAACAGGCUGCACGAUAUCGCCAUGACGAUGCAGGAACUCAAGGACAUGUACACGCAAUUAGCCACAAUGGUAGUAGAGCAGGGGUCAAUGCUCGACCAAAUUGAUUACAACGUUCGAACAUUUACCGAAAAUACCAAGGGCGUCGUUCGUGAGUUGAGGAAGACACUGAAGCGAGAAACCUCUGGACUCGCAAUACGGGCGGUGCGCAACCUUAUUGUAGUCAUAUUCGUGGAACUUAUAAUCAUCGUCAUCAAAUUGGCGUGA